UUACUUGUUGAAAUGGUCUUAGGUCCUCGAUUUUGUACUUGCAUACAUGCUCGUUAACGGGUGCUCCGCACUGGCCUGUAGCUGAGUAAUUGUAAACAUUGUUCUGACUAAAUAAAGUGAUAGUGAACAAUUUCAGGAAUUGCAGUCACUGAAAAUUUUACGUGAAAGUUUCACCAGAGGAUCUACCUGUGAUACUAGGAUGAAGAUCCUCGGUGUAUUCAUCGCUUUAUUCUCAGAGGGAUUUCUACUCGUUGGUUCCAAAUACUUUCUGGAAUUUUCCCUCCCUGGAACAGAUGGAAAAAUGAAAUCUCGCCUCUAUGAAUGCAGAAACAACGGAGUCCAAGCGGGCAUAGUUCAGUGCAAGAGAGUAGACUGGCUGAUCCACAAGAAAUGGAUCUACUAUCACGCGAAUUUCUACCAAUCACACCGGGCACUGGAAAAAAUCCCAAAGAUCCAAUUUUCAGACUUACAAACAGGUGCUUUUUUGCCACAGGGUGGCUAUUUAGGGUUCGUUGCCUCACCUUCAAAGCCCAUAGACGGCCCUGACAUUGGGGCUGCGGAAGAUGAGGUGCUCAAACUAAUCACGCGACGUGUCCAGUCGUGGCUUGCAAUCGUCCCCCCUCAAUGGCGAAACAACUUGUUGCACUACCUGGCCACGCCUGACAUGAAGUAUCUCUUUUCGAGUAGCGACCUCACGGCCCGCUAUUUCGGAUCUUACCUCGACACUAUAGCAUCAAUCUUACAUCAACAUGGAGAAAAAGUAGCUAAAAAAGAAGAUGCAGCGACUGCAACGCCGUCAGGCGACGUUGCGGGUCUCUCGUCUUUCAUUGCCAAGGACGCGGAGAAGGAACUGCGUAGGGUGAUACCAGUGUUGUCGACCAAGAUGGUGGACCCGUGCAUCCUUACGACGAUGCCGGAUAUAAUGGCGACCGCCGGCAUGGACGUAGAUUCCCUGUGCAAAGCCACUUGCAAGUACCAGCAACUCAUCUCGCAACUCUACCGGAAGCGCUCGUCGCGGAUGUGCCGGAACCUGGGCGAGGGCGGAUAUUGCGACCAGACGACUUGCAGGUGCAACCAGUACUACAGGAUUUGGGUGCCCGGCUUUGGACGCAAGCGGGUCCCUCAUCGAGUGCCCAUGAUUUAUUGCAACAGUAUGUUUCGCCUCCGCUUCGAGGAAUCGCCGCCCUCUGCCACGUAAAACAAUGCAAUGGCAACUUUGGCGGAUCCACACUGGAAAAAAAAACACAUUGAAUCUACAUAUAGAGUCCAGACUCUUAAAAACAUCGACAA